AUGGCCCAAGCGCAGCAAGAGCAAACCACGACCAGCAGCAUCCAGAAGCAGCAGGAGGGGGAGGACGACAUGAGCAUCCACACGCGAAGUGUGGCAGAGAUCCACGAGAUGCCCUUCGCCGCCAUCGCCCGCGGACUGCCGCUCGAGAUCGAUAAUGCCAAGGUGGAGUCCAUCAUGGGCACCCUGAGCGACCCAGCCACGCGACACCUCGUACCGCCCAUCGACGUCAUGUGGGUGCAGGGCCGCGACCCGGCCAACAACUACUACUUUGCCUUCGGCGGGUGCCAUCGCUACGAGGCCCACCGACGGCUGGGAAAGCCCACCGUACGGGCGAAGAUCGUGAAGGUGACCCCGGCCGACGUCCGCACCUACCUCGGCUCCGCCACCCCAGACUUUAAAUAA